UCCUCCUGCAGUCAGUCCCCGUGUCGUAGCUGUACUCUCCUCUCAGCACAAUCUUUGGCAUAUAUUACGUACGUGUAAGGAUACACUACAUUCGUGAAAAAAUGGCAGCUGACGAAUAGAAAAAAAGUGGAUCUUCAGUCGAAAAAAGAAGGCACUUGACAAACUUUCAGAGAAUACGGAAACAAGUCGGUUGAUCAUCUGGCACCUUGUUCAUCACCAUAAAAGUGCCACAUUGGUCAUCUGUCACCAUGGGGAAAACGCCGCUAAAAGAUCAGAAAGAAGCCAAAAAAGAGAAAUCAGAUGCUUUUAGCUGGGAAGAAUAUCUCAAGGAAACAUCAUCGAUACCAGCACCAGCAACCUGUUUUCGUCAGGUUAGAGUCCCACCUACCAACGACUUCAAGGUGGGAAUGAAGCUUGAAGCUCACGACCCACGCAACUCCACCUCAGUUUGCAUUGCCACAGUGAUGGGCAUUACUGGGGUCCGUCUGCGCCUCCGUCUGGACGGCAGUGAUAACAGCAAUGACUUCUGGAGACUAGUCGACUCCUCUGAUAUCCAGCCUAUCGGCACCUGUGAGAAGAAUGGAGAUAUGCUGCAGCCACCGCUGGGAUUUCGGAUGAAUGCCUCCUCUUGGCCCAUGUUUCUGCUGAGAACCUUAAAUGGAGCAGAGAUGGCACCAGUAACAGCCUUUAAAAAGGAACCACCAAGACCCCCUCAGAAUAGCUUUAAGCCAGGCAUGAAGCUGGAGGCGGUGGACAAGAAGAACCCGUACCUCAUCUGCCCCGCCACAAUUGGAGAAGUGAAGGGCGAUGAGGUCUUCAUCAUGUUUGACGGUUGGCGGGGCGCCUUUGACUACUGGUGCAAGUAUGACUCCCGAGACAUCUUCCCGGUAGGCUGGUGCUCCCUCACUAAGCACAGCCUUCAGCCACCCGGCAACAGUGUUACUCUGCCGAAGCACCUGCAGAUUCUUCCCUCGUCACCCUCUAAACCGAGUCGGCGAUCCAUGCAGUCCCCCUACAGACUCCCCAAUCCUCUGCCCCCUUUGCCGGUCAGGAAGGGGGUCAGAGGCCGUCGGCCCAAGAGCGAGACCAUCGCUCUCCUCAAAGCGGUGGCCGAGGCAGCCGCGGCCCAAAAUGGGUCUGUACCUGAAAACACACAGCUGGUACCCCGAGUUCACAAGAAGAGAGGACCCAAACCAGGAAGCAAGAGAAAGCCCAAAAUGAUCCAAGGCUCCACACAGCUGCCGAGCAUCCAGGUGCCACAGGAAAGUCCUGCCAACCUAAACUCAGUGGUUUCGACAGUGUGUGUGUACGUUAAUAAGCACGGAAACUGCGGACCCCACCUGGACAGGAAGCAGAUGCAGCAUCUACCUGACCACUUUGGACCAGGUCCAGUGAACUCUGUGCUCCAGCAGGUCGUCCAGUCAUGUAUAGACUGUGCAUACCAGCCUAAAGUCCUGCUCAGCGCUCUGCAGAAUGACUCGGGCGGAGGGGAGGUCGUCAAAGUGAGAACAGAUGGUGGAGUCCGUGUGGUCAGGCUACCGUCAGCUUCCAGUGCUUCCUUUGUACUGCGCUUCCUGGAGACCAUGUGUCGUCAUCUGCAGUGCGACAACCUGUUCAGCAGCCAGCCGUUCAGCCACUACUCGGCUUACGAGAGGAAGAAAUCAGUGAAAGAAGAGGUGAUGGACGCGCCAUCACUGGCAAGAGGGAGUAAACGAAGUCUCUCUGGAGUCUCUCCACCGUAUGCAGCGCCGCUGUCUCCUAAACAUUUACGUGCUGAAGCUCAUCCUUCAGAAGCAGAGACUCUGCCCCAUGAAGAGAACGGCUUAAUAAAGGAGCAGCGCUACAUGGACUCCGCCUCCAACUCCACAGAGACUCUGCCCCAUGAAGAGAACGGCUUAAUAAAGGAGCAGCGCUACAUGGACUCCGCCUCCAACUCCAUGACCCCGCGACCCCAGACUAUGCGGAGUUUCUUGGAGUACCACUCCCAGGCCAGCAGCCUCUACCAUCACAGCAGCAGCACACCGAUGCGCCGCCUUUCGUCUAACCCUGCAGAAAUGAGCUCCACACAACCCCUCAGAAGAGUCGAAGCUGCCAGCUCCACCACAGGUCCCGAGGCUCUGGCGUCUGAGAGGGAGAGUCUGCAGUUCCCCAGCAAAAACCCCUCCUCCUGGUCCAUCGAAGAGGUGAUGCAGUUCGUCAGGGAUGCCGACCCCACAGCUUUGGCACCUCACGCUGAGCUCUUCAGGAAACAUGAGAUUGAUGGCAAAGCUCUGAUGCUCUUGCGGAGCGACAUGAUCAUGAAGUACAUGGGUCUGAAACUGGGGCCCGCACUGAAGCUCUGCCAUCACAUAGAGAGGCUGAAACAAGGCAAACUGUAACUACGAGAUCCCGGCAGAACCCACGAGCAAUAAGCCCCGAGAGAGCCGGCGUUUGCAUACUGACUCAUGGGGCACACAGGGGUUACAUGUUACUCCAGACUCCACCUGGAGGGAGCGGAUAGAUGUUACAACGUCAUCCCGACUUUGCGAGUGGAGAAAGUGUGCCGUGCAUUGCUGACACAUUACCUCAUCCCCUCAUCAGUGAACAAAAAGCUGUUCGGCUCUCAUAGACAUGCUGACUCUGAAAUCCCAAAGGAAAAUAAUCCCCGUAGUGUUUACAUUGCACAUGUGCGCACAUUUUCUGUCUUUUUUUUUUUUUUUUUUAAAUGGAGGAGAAAUCUUUUGAUCCUGGUUUUGGAUCCCCCAAAGAUGGUGAAUGUUUCUUCUUAUAUCAAUUGUUAUUGUUAAAUCGAUAAGGAAGGGUUGGUAUACCGAGAAAAAGAUCCAUCAGAUAUUCCUCCACAGGGUUUGAAUGCUAUUUUUAUUUUAUUUUUUAUCAUGUAUAGCGGUUUAUCUGCCUGCCUGAAGAAUAUGAACCCAUUCCACUUCUUUCACACGAGCUUUCUUUGCCUUGAACUUUGUCGGCGUCAAGGCGAUUAUGUUAUAUUCUGAUGUUUCCCACGAGUGUCUGGCAGAAUCAGCUCCUGCUGCAAGGCAUUCUCGGUGGUCUCCAAACCGUCUGCAUCCCAAGCACACGCCAGUUGAGGGUUUAUCAAUUUCAACGGAUGGGAAUGUUUAGGAAGUGCAAAUCGGACAUUUCUAAGGGCUUUCUUUGUUAAGUUUGACUUAAUAUUUUUAUCAGUCGUGUCAUUUAAGCUCAUCGGUCCGACCUCAGUGUUGUCACUUUCGACCAUUACAAUCACUGUUAGCAAUGAAAACAGAUGUGUACAGUUUUAUGGGUUUAACCAUGAAUAUCAGCGACAGAAUGUACAUUUUGUAGAAACGUAAUAUUUUAAGGAAAUAAGUUAGAAAUGUGAAGAUAAAGGGGGAUGGGGGUUCUUCUUUUUAAUAGUUAACGCAGUGCUUUUAGUUCAAAUACUCCCAGUACUAAACUCUGCCUUGCUUUACCUACAAUAUUUCUCAGGUUUAUGUGAUCUUUGUUAGUACAAGAUUUUGUAGCAUACUGUUUAUAAUAUACUUCCUGUUACCCUCUUCCCUUACUUAAAGACUUGUGCCAUAUAAAUAGUCAACACAUGAUCCAAGUGCUGUUGAUUUCUUUCCCUUCUUGCAUCUUCUUUAAACUACUUGAAAAAAGUGUUGCAAAACAUCACUUGUCCAUUACAAGUCAUCACACCAGAUAAACAAUGUGUUUAUGA